AAUCCUCUUUCACUGAACAUGGGGAAUACCGGAGUGGCAUAACAAUUGAUGUGAUUGACCCUUGCGAAUAUUGGGAAGCCUUUUAACCCAAACAGGCCCUGCUAUGGUGAGGGGUGUUAGCGAUGACGGAUGAGGAGGCGAGUUAUGAUGACUUCAUCGCCUCUCGACGAACUGGCCGCAGGAACGCCAUCCAUAUUAUCCCAGCAACCUCUGGGGCUGAGGGCCCCGCUGACCUGUCACAGAGUCUGGCACAGCUCAACAUCGACAAGUCAGGUGAUGAGGGAGAAAACAAUAAGGAGAGCCAGGACUCUGCAGCUAAAGAAGAGGAGGCGAAAGCUGAGGGCAGCUAAACUCACAUUCAUGGACUCAAACCACCGCCUCUUUGUCUUUACCUGAUCCCUGAAGGCUAGGCCUCUCAUUGGCUGGUUGCAUCUAAUGACUUUGAACAAACACCGUAAAAUCCUACUGCCACCAGCAGGAAGUCAUUGCUAUGGCAACCACAGCUCCAUUGAGCAGUUUCAUUAAAAAAAAUUGAAAUCUCAGAUGCAACUGAUUCAAUUUGAAAUAUGUGUAUGUAAAUAAUGCUGCAAUCUGGCACUUUCAAAUGGUCAAUCAAAGUCAGUCCAAAUCAGAACAAAACACAGGACAUUUUGAUGAAAUAUCAACGCUCUCAUCGCCUGUAGAUGGUCUAUGAAGAAGUCUUCAGCCUUGUAGUAUGUGAUGCAAUAGAUGCAGGAGUUAGCUUAUUAAAAACAGGGUGUUAAGUUUUUAUACGUACAAAAUGUGUCCAUAUAAUGUGAUUUACAAGUUUAAACGCUACCAUUGAGCAUUUUUAAAAGCAACUUGAACAAAAGAACAUUGAUUGCACUCCAAUACACUUGUGUGUGUUUUUAUAAUGUAGCAUAUAACUGUUUAUUGGAUGUAUGAAUUUCCCCGGUUUAUGGGAGUUUUUUUUUAAAUGCUUAAAGCCGUGAUUCGACAGACUACCUAUGAAUUUGACAUUUACCAACCUUCCUUUUAAACCACCAUACUAUAAUAGAACAAUAUUUUUCUGAUUAUCACAUCUGUGGAAAUGCACUCCAAGAAUGUCUGUCUUCAUUACCUUUUUAAAAACUGAAGUCAUUACUUGUUUGUCUUAGCCUCUUGACGACAUCAACUUAUAAGAAAAUAAAUGACUUGUUGGAAGAUUGGGCAUUUUUUACGUUUGUUAAUGAACUGUAUGUUUGCAGUGUAGUGAUCAUGUUAUAUUUUCUUUAUUGCUCUUUCAGGGAGUUAUGGUAUGGCAUUGUCAAAGACAUUUCUGUACAAUGUUGCACAUUUGUCCACUAAAUUAGUUUUGACAUGCAAUUAAAUGUUACCGUUGGAAACAUAAAUAGUGUCCAGAAGUAUUUUUGAAUGUUGUCCCAUCUAAG